AUGCUUCUACCACCACUACGUCUCGCUACAGUCCUGUCUCUUGUCUCAGCGCAGAGUAUAGGUGGCCCUGGAAACUUGACAGUCCAUUUCUUCAGAGACGACCAAGACUGCGAGUCAAGCGACACAAAAGCACCUGUCCUGACAACCCGCGACACCCCUUCAGAACUCAUAUGCUUCAACCUCACCGACACAUUUUCGCUCGGUAACAAAACGAUCUCAGGCUAUCAAAAGGCCCUCGCACCAUGGGAAGACCCAACCUCCAAUAUUAGCUUUCAUCUUCAGCAAAACGACUUCGAUUCUAGUUCAAACUACACUCAAAUUCGCUAUGAGCUACCUGGAGGGGACGUUGGCAAGAUGUCAUCGUGGGUGCUUUGGGCUUAUCCCCAUCUCAACUGUGAGACUGAAGUGAAGGGUGUUGAUAAUUAUGAGUACCCUUGGUAUGAGGUCGAUUGUCAGACUGACGAGGAUGGGGAGUGUCAGGGAGUCAAUUAUCCGAUCAAGAGUUUUGCUGUUCUAAGUGGAGAUAGGGAUGGGGAGUGUAAGACCUGGGCGCAGUUAGGUGCUGCGGCGAAGACUUCCAGGCAGAUUACGAAGCUGUUCUAUACUACAGUCGCAAUGACUGCCAUGAUUGCAAUCUUGUGA